GCUGGUCGACGCCGACGUCUCGACAAUUUUUCAAUUUUUACUCCGGAAAGCUGUUCCUUCUUUUCCGACAACUUUAAACACAUCAACCCUUAUUUCCAGCCGGAAAAUUGGAAAAGCUCCUCCCUCGUAUCAGCCUCCUACGGUUUGACGUCACUUUGCGCGCGCAAAUAUUAAAUUGGGUCACCUAUUUGUGACCUUUACAUCGAGAUUUUCGUGAAAACUUAGACCGCGAACAGCUUCCAGAAGCUCCAGCAUCCCGCCAUGGCUGUAAAUACAUCCAACUACAAACUUAGUGCAUCUAUUGCUAAUCUCAAAUAUACAGACCUAUUGCCCCAUAAUCCAGAUGCAUAUGAAACCAGUAAACUUUUUCUACAAAGAGUGAUCGACGUCCUCAUGGAUUUCAUUCGGGCCACGAAUGAUCGCAACGAGAAGAUUUUAGAUUUUCAUCACCCCGAGGAGAUGCAAAAGCUUCUAGAUUUGAAAAUUCCAAUAGAAGGAGUCUCAUUGCAGCAACUCGUGCAUGAUUGUUCCGUUACCUUGAAGUAUCAAGUUAAAACAGGCCACCCUCAUUUUUUCAACCAACUUUCCUGCGGCUUGGACUUAGUCUCGAUGGCUGGAGAAUGGCUGACCGCUACGGCCAACACUAACAUGUUUACGUACGAGAUCGCUCCAGUUUUCAUUUUAAUGGAAAACGUAGUUAUGACCCAUAUGAGGGAAAUAAUCGGCGAAUGUUGGAGGAACGGCGAUUCGAUUUUAGCUCCAGGUGGGUCCAUAUCGAACUUGUAUGCUUUCCUUGCAGCGCGCCAUAGAAUGUACCCGAAUUAUAAAGAAAAGGGUAUCGCUUCAAUUAAAGGUCAAUUAGUAAUGUUCACUUCAGAUCAGAGUCACUAUUCGAUUAAAUCUUGCGCUUCGGUAUGUGGUUUGGGUACGGAUAACUGUAUAAUGGUGCCGUCCGAUAUCCAUGGACGAUUAAUACCGGCCGAAUUGGAACGUUUGGUGUUAGAACGUAAAGCUUUGGGUCAUAUACCGUUCUUCGUUAGCGCCACGUCUGGCACAACUGUUUUGGGAGCGUUUGAUCCAAUUCCUGAGAUUGCCGACAUUUGCGAAAAGUACAAUAUGUGGCUUCACGUCGACGCUGCGUGGGGAGGCGGUCUUCUGUUAUCUAAGAAGUACAGACAUCCACGACUAACUGGAGUUGAAAGGUGAAUUAAUUCUUAAUAAAUAUUU